GCAACCAAAGGACUCCAGAUCAAAGGGAACCUGAGUCCAGCAGAGCCAACGGGAAUCCCUCUUCUCUGCUGUUUGUUAAAGGCAUUUCUAACUGGAAUUUAUUAUUAUUUAUAUCAUUCAGAUGUGCUGAAAUAUUUGGAUUUUUCUGAAGAGACAGCCUUGACUGGUGAAGUUGACAGAGCUUCUUCUUUUUUUUGAAUAAAAUAGGCGCGUAUUUAAGUUCAUGAGAGAAGACGUAGUUACAUUGUGAUUUAUAAGCUCCAGCCUACAGUAGAUACAGUCUAAGUGAUUUACUGUGGAGUCCUCUCAGGACAGCCAGACGCGCCAGCGGCGCUCAAGGAUUCCUCUCAGUUUGACGCAAUUACCGGAGGGCAGCAGGAGUCAUCGUAUUUACUUUAGUCAAUUACGCACGCUUUCCUACUGCUGAGCACCGCUGGUGACAACAAGCCGGUGUGAACAUGCUACAAAAUGGAAACGGAAAGGAGAACCCGCUGCAGGCGCCGAAAGCUGAACCAGAGCCGGACUCCCCGGCUCAAGACCCGAAACAGGAGAAACCCACUGCCCCAAACACCGACAAAAAGGACGCGGACGCAGAGACCACGCACUUCCCCCUGCCCGUUUAUCCCAGUCUGGAUAUAAAGCGAAACGCUGUAACGGACGAUUAUAAGAUCUCCAGCCAGGUUCUGGGUUUAGGGAUCAAUGGCAAAGUCCUUGAGUGCUUCAACAAGAAGACUGGAGAGAAGUGCGCACUGAAGAUUCUCUACGACAGUCCAAAAGCCAGGCGAGAGGUGGAGCUACACUGGAGAGUGUCAGGCGGACCGUACAUCGUCCGCAUCCUCAACCUGUAUGAGAACAUGCAUCAUGGGAAGAAGUGCCUACUCAUCAUCAUGGAGUGUAUGGAGGGAGGAGAACUGUUCAGCAGAAUCCAGGCCAGAGGAGACCAGGCCUUCACUGAGAGAGAGGCAUCUGAGAUUAUGAGGGACAUAGGCACGGCUAUCGAUUUCCUCCACAACAUGAACAUUGCACACAGAGACAUUAAGCCGGAGAAUCUGUUGUACACGUCGAAAGAGAAAAACACAAUUCUCAAACUGACAGACUUCGGUUUUGCUAAGGAGACAACGCUACACAAUCCUCUACAGACCCCCUGCUACACACCGUACUAUGUGGCCCCUGAGGUUUUGGGUCCAGAGAAAUACGACAAGUCAUGUGACAUGUGGUCUCUGGGUGUCAUCAUGUACAUCCUGUUGUGUGGCUUCCCUCCAUUUUACUCCAACACGGGCCAGGCCAUUUCUCCCGGGAUGAAGAGGAGGAUCCGGAUGGGUCAAUAUGAAUUCCCCAACCCAGAGUGGGCUGAGGUGUCACAGGAAGGAAAAGAUCUGAUCCACCAGCUACUGAAGACAGACCCUAAUGAGAGAAUGACCAUCACUCAGUUUAUGAAUCACCGCUGGAUCAAUCAAUCCAUGGUGGUUCCCUCCACCCCGCUCCACACCACCCGGGUCCUGACUGAAGACAGAGAAAUGUGGGAGGAUGUGAAGGAGGAGAUGACCAGCGCUUUAGCGACCAUGCGUGUGGACUACGACCAGGUGAAGAUCAAGGAUCUCGACACCUCUAGUAACCCUCUGCUCAACAAAAGACGCAAGAAAGCUGCUGCAGGGGCCAAGAGCGGGUCCACGGUCUGCCAAAGUCAGUGAAAUACUGAGGCCCUGCAGGCAGAAAUCCAGGAAAAAACACGGACGAUGAAGGAAAAGUUCAUUUGUGCAGCACUGGAUCACUUACAGACCUGCUCUGGACUGUAUAAAGCUGACGUGGAGGAAGUGUUCUGGAUAAAAGGACAACAAGAGAAUCACAGCUGGACAUUAACACGACCUAUCAAGACAUGAUAUCACCUGUGUCUCCUGCCAGUGGUAGAAAUCACCACCUCUGCUCACUGCAGGCUUAUCUGUUUUUAUCUGUUUUUAUGUACUGUAUCUAUGUCAUUUUUAGGUCUUUCCUGUUUGUAAGAGAGUGUCUGAAGUAUUUGUAGUGAUAAAUGUAUUGCGUAUUUGAGUGCUGGAUCUCCUAUUUUGAGAUCGUCUUUAUAUCUAUGCACUAGUGUGCAGAUCACACAUAGACAGAUGAACCAACCACAACACUCAUGAUGCUCGUGUUGUCUUAAUAUGGUUUUGCUGCCUUCCUUUCAGGGUUUAAAGCAAAGUCUGACACUGACUGACGUGAUUAGAUCUUUGACAGUAAAAUGUAGCCUCCAUGAUGACCAUUUUUCAUUGAAGGAACAAUAAGUUAGCUUCACACUCACUAUUGAGUUGUAUAUUUAAACACGGUGUCACUGCAGAUCAAAAUUGCGUCCUAUUCAUGGAGACAUGAGCGAUAGUACACAACCUGCCUGCUUCCUGUCAGCGGUGAGGCCAGAGAGCUUGACAGCUCAGUGGAGUAACAGUGGGGUAAGACUUGGUGGUGAGAUAUGGCUGAAUUGUGACACUUUUACUUGAGAAAGGUCUUGUGUGUAUGUGUGUGUGUGUUUAUAGGGGUUGAGUAAAAUGCUUCCAGGUAAUAGAGGGCCACAGUUUCCCCUCACAUGAAGACAUGGGCAAGACAGUACAGCCUUUAAAAAUGGGAACCUCAUCUGUAAGGUAUAUAUGGUUGUAAAUAAAACUUUCUAAAGUAAAUCUGGAGUGUGUCUUUGCUUUGGACCUUGGAACCAUUGUUUUUGUAAUCAUGCCUUUCAGCC